ACUUCCCCGCCGGAGUAAAACUGAUUAAAUGAGCUGGAAUCACAUUUUCUGCUCAUUCUUUCCUCCCCGUCUCUUUCUCUCGGAGCUGCCUCCCUAAACACCACAGAGUUACUUAUUGUUUUAUGCUUUAACCUCUCACCUCCAUAAUUACCUCAUUAAUGUCAUCCUUUGUGUCACUCAUUCUCCUCUGUGUCCAUUUAAUAAAAAAUAAUAAAGCAUAAUAAGCAUUUAAAUCUCUUUCCUGCAGUCUGUUGCCCUCCUCUUCAUCGUUCUCUCUCCCCUCUCUUACUCUACCAGACUACAUGUCUCAGUCACUACGGCAACCGAUGUUUUUUUUUUCUUCUUCCUCACUUGCUUUCUGUAUCUCCCCCCCUCUCGUCUCCCUCUCUCUCAUUCCCUCUCUCCGCUGCCAGAGGUAAGCAUGAUAACUGAUAUAUGUCUGAGUGCUUGUGUCCGACUCCCGGCGUGCCUGCGCUGUCUCCCGGUGACAUUUCUUUGGCAUUUCGGUGGAAGAAAGUUCCCCGUUUGUGCCCAAAGUGCCGUGCUGAGUCCUGGCUCCGUGCAUGACGCUGGAAAUGAUGAUUAAUGUGCUGCGCUCAGGUGUAACUGUGUGAAAGGGAGAGCAGACCUGACAAGAUGAUCGGAGAAGAAGAGUCUCUGUGAACACAGCGAAGCGAUGGAGAGAUGCUCCAUCUCUCCUGUCGCACGACUCGCUGCCCUCAUCUUGCUGCUCCUGGCCGCCCUGCUCUCACAGCCCUCCACCUGUAACGGUGAAGAGGACGAGAAGCCGGAGAACUCCCCGUCUGCACAGCUGUCCGUCAACUCCCAGGUGACGCCUACCCCACUGUGGGCGGUGGUGUGGGGGCCCACACAGCCUCUGGAGGAGGAUGCCACCUACCACUUGCUGUCCAGCCAGGAAACCGACCACCUGCACCUGCAGGAGGUCAGCAGUGCCACGCCGGGGGAUUGGGUCUACUUCGAUUCAAGCGUGCAGCCCCAGGAGAAAGCACACUUGGAGUCCAGGAACAGGGAGGGAGAGGAGGACGGAGGGACGGAGGCAGAGGAGGCGAAACCCGAGGAAGUGGACCCUCAGUUCUACGUCACCGUGACCAUCUCCUCGCUGCUCAUCCUGACAGCAGUCAUCAUCACAGCCAAACUCUGUUACGAUCGCAGCUGUUCCCAGCAUCCACCCCCGCUUUCCCGUGGCGUGGCCCCCCCUCUGUCCCUCGCGCUCCCCCGCUCCCUUGCUUCGGAGGACAGCAGGCAGACGCUGCACAGCACCGCCUCCUCCUUCACCGACAGGGAGAGGAUUCCAGUUGUGAACCUGUGACUGUGUUCUGUCCGUAUGAUAAACAUUUCUGCCGGACCAGGACCAGGGGACAAACCUGCAGCUGUUUUAUUUUCCUCUCCGACUGUGAAAGAAAUUCAGGGAACCCAGGUAUCCAGCCAUCGCGAAAUCUCCCCGGCUUCCCUAAGGUCUGAGAAGAAUCCGACUCGCUCCCUUCCUUCUGCUCGGUGUGAAAAUUUCUCUUGGUGUGCAUCACUGUGACCCUGUUUUUCCACUGUUUGUACGGCCCCCCGAGCGCCGCCGAGCUUCCCGGCGGCUCUGCGCCUCAGCCUGCCGUGACUAAUUCACCAACAAGCAGUUUAACAGCCAUGCAGCAUCCUGUUACCCCGCCCCCCUCUGAGACGGCCCUACCUGUGCUUCCUCAGCUUCUCACUAUCAACGCCAAUCCAGCAGACUCCUCUUGUCGUUUCCAGUCCUCUUCAGCGGUAAAUGGUAAAAAAUGGCUGUUCUCAGCUUCUCCAGGAGUAUUUCACAAAGCCGUUUGGCGAGGCUGUAGCCAACAGGCAAUGUGUUUAACAUGUCACGCUCCAAAAACUGAUGUUUAUUCCCCUGCUUUGGGGGCCUGAAAUGCAAAUAGUGGGGGAUCCUCUUCUCUGCAGAUGUAGCCGAGCGUUUUGCUGUUGGGUUUUUCGUUUUUUAUUUUCCUCAUGAUUUGUUCUCUUAAUUAUCUGGCUGAAGUUCGCCCCUUUGUCAAGCCUUCCUGCUGGACUGUUGUAAAUGUGUUAUUAAACAACGCACCUCCAGUGGCGGAGAUAAGAUAUUCAGAACAUGAAUGGACAUCUAUUUUUCCCUCCCCUCCUGAGGUUGGACAGUGCCUAACAAAGGACAGAUUUAUGUUUUAAUGCAAACGUGUGGGCGAACUGCAGCUGGGAUCUUCAGACUAAUCUUGGUGUUUGAUUUUGUUUUCUUUUUUUCCUUGUUCCUGAGAGCUUUUCAUCUCAAUCUGGACAGCAAAACCUCCGUCAUCAGCCAUUUUGAGGAACACAGCACAAAAAGAAAAGAAGGAUCACCAAUGAAUCUGCAUGUAAACUCUAAGAAAACAUGAAAAUUGCUUAUUGGAGAGUUUCCAAAGACAGAUUUCAAUUUCUGUUAAAGGGGACCUAUUAUGCAAAAUUCAAAUUUUUUAUACUUCCAUCUGCGUCUCUGGUGCUUCUAAAAAAAAGCACAAACACUAAAAAAAAAAAAACAACAACAACAAAAAAAUACCCUGAUGAUUUCUAGCAACAAGUUAAUACUUUUUGGUGUCUGAAAAAUGAGCUAUUUUGAAAACAGCGGGCAGAGCAUGUUACCUAGCAGCGCCAGCCAAGCCGACUCCUACCACUAGAAAAUGCAAGUGCACUGUUGUUGACUUACCAUCCAGAAACCACUUGCCCCAUUCUCGUUGACUGGGCUGGAGGCUCCACUUCUGCUGUUCAAAGACAUACGAUUGUGUGAUUGUGCACCUGUUUUCAGCCAUUUUCACAUGACCUGUGGGGCGUGGCUAGGAGCAACUUAUUUGUAUUUAAAGUGACAGGAGCCCCUAAAACAUCUCCAGGCAAAACUGAGCAGACUAAAAUCUCAUUAUCUAAAAAUGAUUUUGAGCAAAAAUUGUAAUAAACAUGUUUUGUAUCGCCCAUAAACCAACCCUCACCCGCUCAAGGAAGCAUAAUAGGUCACCUUUUACCUUUCUUAAGCAGCUUUGACGUGAAUCCCAGUCAAACCAUUUCCUACAGAUGUCGUACUGGUGGUUUCAUGGUAGCUCGUGCAACACUUCAGAUAUCCAGUCUUGUGGUCGUUCGUAGCAUUCCCGUAUGAAUUUGGUCUUUCUGUUCCAUGUAACUUGAAUAAAGACUCGACACUGGCAUUUUA